AUGACAUCCUGGGUCUGCUCGGAGGCCACCUGCAAUAAGACGUUCCGUCGACGAUAUCAUCUGCUCAGACAUCAGAGUAAUGUUCACACAAGAGCACGUCCCCAUACGUGUCCUUCUUGCUACCGGGCCUUUGCGAGGAAAGAUGCGCUGCUUCGACAUAAGAGAUUUCAUGCUGAGAAUCCCUUUUGGUCGGGCUCGCGAUCGGCUCAGUUGAGCACAAGCUAUGGAACCGACGACGAAGGUGAGGAAGGUGAAGUGGUGGAAGGUGAUGGAGAAGGAGAUCUUGAAGGCGACAGCAUCACAUAUGAACCAUCAAUUGAGGAAGAGGACUCGACGCUCAUCGAUCAUCCUGUCCCUCUCGAUCCUUUACUCACAGACGCGGAAUCUUCAGACCCCUUCGGUCGACAAGCUCUAGCCGCGAACAAUGACCGAAUAGCAAAUAUCAAUCUUCCACGGAGCGAGGCGCAAUCCGCUGCUAGGCUCAAUGCACCGAUGUUUCUCGAACCUUCAGCGCGCCCGUUGAUGCCCUGGGAGUCCUCUACACCUCUGACCAUGCAUUCGACCCGCCUUGGCUCAGAUCAUGAGGAAAGCGUCAUCGAUACCUUUUCUCUUGAGAGUCCAGAUCUUAAUUCCAUGUUGCGAGCUCAAUCCGGCAGCGUCGCCAGAAAGGUUUCUCCUGUUCAGCAAGCUAUGCUCUCGGCUCCUACCAUGGACCUUGGGCCGUCGGAUCACGGAAGCAGCGUCUUCGAUGUUGUUUUCCCGCCUGACGAGGCGAACAGCACUGAUCUUAGCUCAAUUUUGAGAAAUCAAACCAGCAUCGCCAACACUAUCUCUGUUGUGUCCUCUACAAUCGCAAAAACUGGACUUCCGCCACACAUCGAGCCUUAUAGCCAGAUUGGCAACGGAAGUCCCAAAUCUGCGCUGAACGAUGAUUCAGACAUACUCCGUAGCGUGGAAGCCAACAUUCCCAUGGAGUACUUCGAACUGAUGCAGAAACUGUGUGCAGUAUCGCUUCUACAGAGCUACUUUACCAGUCUGCAUCACCAAUGGCCGUUGAUCCACGAAGAAUCCUUCUGGGGUCGGAAGCAACCUCUACUGUUGAAAUGCGCACUGGGACUUCUGGGCUUAGUAGUCAGCUCGAAUCCAGACAAGACUGUUGUUCGAUCAGUCAGCGGACUGAACAGUCUUCUGCGAAACAGGCUGCGAGAACAGAUCCAGCAGGCUAUCCCCGAGCGGAAACCCUCCUCAACAGUUGCCUACCAAGUAUAUCUACUGACCAUGCUGUUCACCCUGUAUGUCAAGGACGCCCCAGGAAUAGCGGAAGCGCGUUCACACCUCAUGGUCCAAGUCGAUCAAAUCCGACGAGCGGGACUCCUCAACUUCGAGACCAUAGUCGCCCAAGACGACCAAGCCGCAAGCCCCUAUUCACGCUGGGUGGUCCGAGAAGAAAAACAACGACUCGUCUUCUCCACCUUCCGACUUGACUGCUACCUGCACAUCCUCGAUGACCUCCCACCGACCAUGCGGUUCCAAGAACUCUGCCUCCCGCUCCCCUGCACGGACAAGGCAUGGAACAGCAGCAAGAAGGACUGGAAAGAGACCAUCAGCCAAGAACCCUCCAACCGCACGAGCUCCAACUACGGCAUCCAAUGCUUCCUCGCCAUGUCGCGCCUCUCACCAUGCAGCCGGUUGAACCUGCCUGGAUUCCGCACGAUCCACGACUUCGAGCUGGGCCUCGUGUCCAUGCAAGCACGAUCGUGGGAGGAAACACAGCACCAGACGACGUCGUUCGACGGCUUCGCGGCCGGCCAGGACGCGCCCGCCGACCACCUCUCGGCCGGCGGCUUCGGACAGUCGUGGCCGGUGCUCUGGGGCAUCUGGCACGUCACGAUGGAGCAGUUCCGGUCGUCGCACGUCGCAUACUGCCCGCACCCGAGCGAGAAGGAAACCUACCUGACGUCGCUGCUCAUGUACCACGCAUCGCUGCUGCGCGUCUACGUCGACAUGAAGAUCCUGCGGCGGCUGGUCAUGUCGCUGACGCGCGACGGCUUCUCGAGCCCGGCCAAGCGCCAGAUGGAGACGCUGGUGCACGAUUGGGCGCGCUCCGGCCGUGCAAAGGACGCCCUCUGGCACGCCGCGCAGAUCCUGCGCCUGCACUCGGAACACGCGCCGGAGCUGCGCGCCCAGUCCAUCCCCAUCAACCCCGUCGCCCUCGACUGCGUCUUCCGCGCCGGCCUCGUCGUCUGGGCCAUCAGCCGCUCCACCCAGAACUGCGGCCUCUGCGCCCCGGGCGCCACCCCCUUCGAGAAAGUCAAGCUCUCCCGCCCCCACCCACACCCACACCCACACCCCGGUACCAAUGCUGGUAGCCACAACAACAAAGUCCUCCGGCCCCGCACCACCAGCAGCGGCAGCGGCAGUGUGGAGCUGACGACGAUCGACAACCUGACGCGCGACUACGAGCUGUGGCUGGAGGAGAGCGGCGACUCCGGCGAGCUGCUCGUCGACGGCGUCGUCGUCUGCGCCUGCCACAUGGCCGCCCUCGUCGACAAGUUCCAGUCGCAGAUCCACGAUCCCGCCCUCGGCUCCAGCGACAUUCCUUCCUACGUCGACAUGUUGAAUGCUUUGAAGGAUCAUGGCUGA